AUGUACGAGCGAGGAGCAGUUGGAAAUCGCCGAGGGCAGCGUUCCGUACAACUGGUUCGAGUCCAGCCACAGAUUGAUGAGCUGGAGGUUCGAGUCGGCGGAGAAGUUGGACGGAAUGUCGCCGGAGAAUGUGUUCGACGAAAGGUCAAUGUACCGGAGGGUUGCCGGAAGGUCGGAGGAGAUUUUGCCGGAGAGGAAGUUGUGAGCGACAUUGAGGAUUUGGAGGUUCGUGAGGUUGAGAAUCGCCGCGGGGAGAGUCCCGGAGAGCGAGUUGUCGUGCAAGUAAAGAGCGCGAAGGAGAGCGCAUUGGGAGAGAGAGGCAGGUAUGGAGCCGUUGAACUUGCGGAGGUCACGGAGGGUGGAGAGGUGGUGAGUGAGGCGGCCGCCGAGGUGGAGACGAGGCAAGCGGAGCUCGUGAACACGGUUGUUGUAACAGACGACGCCACGCCAGUCGCAGGGGGCCGAUGGCGUGGACGCAUCCCAGCCGUCGAGAGCGCCGAGCGGGUCGUGGAGGUUAAGCUUAAAGGACGUUAA